AUGGCAACCACUCUCAACGAUAUUCAUCCGGAUAUCAUUCGAACACACAUAUUACCACGACUUGACGGCACAUCUCUCUCCACAACCGCAACCAUAUCAUCAUAUUUACGAUCCCUUUGUUCCGAUGACAAUCUUUGGGCUAAUGUCUCAAAAUCCAUUUGGCCAUCUAUACAACACCCGUGUGUCGAUAAUAUUAUAUCAACCUUUCCUGCUGGUUAUCGCUCUUUCUUUCAAGACUCUUUUCCUACUCUAAUCACCGACGUGAUCAACCCUCAUAACAAAUGUUCGCGGUCUAUUUCAUGUGAUACUGACAACUCAAUCCAUUCUUGGCCAUCUGAGUUAAUUUCAGCCGUUGAUAUACAUUACCUAAAUGACAUAAUUUAUUCCAAUGUCCAAAUCACGCAUACCACACCGGAUCUCCUCUCAUCACCGUUAUUAAUUUUAUUAAAAUCCAAACAAGAAUUAGGAACCUCCCAACAAGGAGUUAACUUGAACGUAGAUGAACGUAUAGGGACUAAUGAUGUAACAUUGUCACAUUUGAAAGAAUUCGUUACGUUGAACUGGAUCUUAAUCGAUCCAGUUUUGAAACGGGCAGGUAACCUGUCCAGUAUCAAACCGGUUCGUGUAAGGAACGACUGGAUGACUAACGAGACUGUACUUGAAUACGUCACGGUUUUACCGGGAUGUGAUCCGAAUCAUGAGAUCGUACAAUAUAAAAUAAAAGUGGUGAUAGGAAGUGAGGGCUUGCAUGUAAAUGAGGUGAUGCUAGAAUUACAGGACUUCAAUUAUUCUAAGUGUUUAAAUGGAAGUGAUUUUUUGGUAAUUACACAAAGGGCUCUUUUGGAAGAAAAUAAUGUACAUAGGAAAGUAGUGAAUGAUGAGUGGAGACUGAGAAAGUACAAGGAAUUUAAGGAAAUGAAAAUAGAAAAUAAGAAGUGGGUCAAAAAUGAAGAAGAGAAAAGAGAGUUUGCCAUCGAGAUGUACAAUAUUGGCAUUUUAUUGACUUUUUUGUUAUCCGUUUAUUUUUUAACUUUAUUAUUACGAUAG